AUGGAAAAGCAGCUAAUGCUAAAAAUGUCUCGCCUUCUCCCUUCCUCUUUCACUUCUUGCCACUUCACAAAUCUUUCCGACGUUGUACAAAAUCCCAACAACAAAACACGCGCCGCCCCCGCCCUCUCCUCCACCUCCAACGGCUUGUUCACCAGCAGCGACGACCUCGACACCGAUACCUUCUUCAGCCUCUCCUCCCUCUCCGGCGACUCCUUCCACCUCCGCACCGCCUCCACCCGCUUCAAGCACGAAGCCGCCGGAAAAAUGCCGAUCAAGGCCGACGAGCUAGGAUUCGACCACAUCUCGACUCAGCUCUACUACGGCGAGGGGUGCCGGCGGCGGCGGCGGAGGAGGAGGAGCAAGAGGAGGGUUGUGAUGGGGGAGAGCUACGCGGUGGAGAAGAGCACGAGGGACCCGAGGGGGGAUUUCAGGGCGUCGAUGGUGGAGAUGAUCGUCGACAAGCAGAUGUUUGCGGCCAAGGAUUUGGAGCGCCUGCUGCGCUGUUUCUUGUCGUUGAAUUCGCCGGCCUAUCAUUCCAUGAUUUGUCAUGUUUUUUCUGAUAUUUGUCAAACCUUGUUCACUAAUUGA